AUGACCGCCAACAAGUUCUUUGGUCAACGAGCAAAUCCGGACUUUACAAAGAAAUUGGAGUUUAAAAAUUGUGCACUGCAGAACUGCUCAACAGUCAUCGAGAAGGUGGCAGAGAGAUCAAUGCUCGGAGUUUCACAUUAUGCUGUUGCUGUUUUAAUUCCUGGAGCCUUUGACAAAGCUCUAACAGCAGUGAUCCAAACACAGCAGACUGUGCUGGCAGCAGUGGGAGAAGAUGCUGAAUUCAGCUGUCAGCUCUUGGAGCCUAAAGACGUCCUUCAGGUCACAUGGCAGAAAAGCUCAAAUGAUGUGGAGACAAAUGUUGCCACGUACAACAAGUACUUUGGUCAAAAAGUGAAUACUGACUUUACAGAUAAAGUUGAGUUUAAAUACACUGGACUACAGAACUGCUCCAUACUCAUCAGGAAUGUCACAGAGCAGGAUGAAGGAUACUAUCGCUGUCUGUUUAACACUUAUCCUGAAGGCUCCUUCAUUGGUAGAACCUGCCUCCAAGUCUAUGAGCUGCAUGAACCUGUUGUUGAUGUCAGAGAGUCAAACUCUACUGAAGAGUGGGUUGUUUCCUGUUCAGCCACUGGUCGACCUGCUCCCACUGUAACACUCAGUGUCUCACAACAAGACCUUAACUUCUCACAGUACAACACUGUCAGUGUGUCCAACACCAACGCUACAUUCACUGUCACCACUACAGCUGUGCUCUCAGGUUCACGUAACAACAGCACACAGGUGGGAUGUGCAGCACGAGUGCUCUCUGCUCCUCACAGAGAGGUGAUGGUGAUGAUUCCUGAUGAUGAUGAUGAUGAGCUAGAUGAGAAAUCAGGAUCUAAUCCGAGGAAUUUAGGAACCAGGAUUUCAGUCAUUCUGUCGUCUGUGGUGUUGUUGGUGCUCUGUGUUGCUGCGCUCAUCUUUUUCGGAACUGGAUCAUCUUAAUUCAAUAGAGGUUUCAGCGACUACACAAUGAUCCACAACUUUCACCUUUACCAGCAAGAAACGUUUUGACAAAUUGUUUCUGCUGGUCAAUCUUUUGUUUUUGUUUCUUGGUCUUUUUUUAACAAAAUUUAAAAAAAAAAAACAUGCACACACACAAAGCAUUCAUUUUUUACUCAUGU